ACUACGAAUUCAUUACUAAAAUAGGUAGCGGCUCCUUCGGCUCAGUCUACAAAAUCUAUGAUCACAGCAAGAAGAAAUAUAGAGCUGUUAAAAAGUUUUAAACAGACAUAUUCCACAGUCAAGGAAUGCCAGAAAGAGAUCGAGGUUGAGGUCCUGCCUAAACUCAAACAUCCAAAUAUAGUCAGCCUCGCCAAGAUUAUAUACCAGAACGACAUGCUCUAUCUUGUCAUGGAGCUUGCCAAGACAGACCUGGCCAGAUACUUCACCCAACUCAGAAAUGAUGGAAGGAAAUUUACUGAAGAACAAAUUAAGAAAAUGAUGCGGCAGAUAAUUAACGGAGUUGCUUUUAUGCACCAAAAAGGGUACAUGCACAGGGAUCUCAAGCCAGAAAAUAUUUUACUUGCUGAUAAUAAUACUCUUAAAAUUGCAGAUCUGGGAACAGCCAAAAAGUGAAGUGACAAGUUUCCAUUCACAAAUUAUGUAUCUACUAGGUGGUAUAGAGCUCCAGAAUGAGUAAUUAACACUACUAAUUACUCGCCAUCAGUCGAUGUAUUCGCUUUAGGCUGCAUUAUGGCUGAAAUGUACACCUUAAAGCCAGUAUUUUGAGGAAAAUCAUCUCUUGAUCAACUCAAAUAAGUACUGCAAAAUUCUUGGUACAACCAAGUUCGAAAACUGGGUAGAGGGUGCUGCUAGAGCUAAAUAAAAUUGGGUUCAACUUCGAAGAAUAUCACCCAGAAUGCCUAAGUGAUGCUGCACCAGCAGCAUCACCUGUUGCAUUAGAUUUACUAAAGUCUUUGCUGCAGUUCGACCCUCUCAAAAGAAUAAAUAUGGAAGACAUCCUUAAUCAUGAGUUUUUCAUGUCUAAAAAGCCAAAAGAACUAGCUGAACGUAAAAUACCUCUGAAAAAUAUAUUUAAAAGAAAUGAAAUUAAACCACUCGAGAAUGGCCAAACAUCACAAGAUUUGCCCCCACUUGAUGUGCCUAAACUGACCCUAAAUUCUAACCUAAAAUAUAACAGAGAGAGCAUGAAGAACUUUAUUAGGAACAAACUUGCUGGGAAAUAGAAGCCUCAAUUCCCUUGCAAUGGUGGAUGAAACCGACAAUGAAAAUUCACGUAAUGAAGAAACUAUGAACAAAGAGUAUCCUGGCUUUAGGCUUAAGAAAGACUCUGCCAAAAAGCCACUGAAGCAGAAGAACUCCCAACUAAGCAAGUUCAAAUCAGGUGCUAAAAUACAACAACUAGCUAGCCUCCAGAACAGGAUUCUAAGUUCGAAUAAUUUCGGGAGGAUGAGCCAACCUGAACUUGGAAGGUCAGAAUCGAGCAACAAGGGGUUCAAACUUAGACGCUCUGAUAACUCAGCUUUAAACUUAUUCUCAAAUAGCUCUUUAGCUAUAAACCGUAAGAACAAGACAUAUCCCAUAAAGAACAGAAUGCAAAGCUCUGAAAAUAAGACUAAUAAUUAUGAGCAAUCAGUCAUGGAGGAAAUAGAAAUAUUACAAAAGAAUCUUGAAAAGGCUCAAAGGAAGCAAGAAACCCUUCAAGUGAGGAGACUUAAUUUCGGAAAUCACCCUGAAGAGGGAGAGACUUAUAGAGAUCUUUAUUCACGGGAUAAUAGUCCUCAGAGAAGUCUUUCGCCUACAGAGGAAUAUUGGACCAAUUUUAAUCAAAUAAAUUCAUCAUUAAAGUCAAGGGAAAUUCUCUCAUCAAAAAAGGAUAGACUUGCGAAGAUAGAAAUUUCAAGGUCUUCGAACAGACGUAGUGCUGCCAAUGAGAUCUUAUUUGGUAAUUCAGGCAAAAAUCAAAGUAUUGGUGGCUCAAACCAGUCCUCACCAGCAAUAAUACCCCAAUUAAACACUUUAUCGAAUAAAUCUGAAAGUCUCAGACUUAACGGAGGGUUUGCCUCGUACAUCAACAGGCAGGAAAAAUUGGCUAAGUUGCAGAUUGAUCAUAAUGAGUUUCUCAGGAACAAAGAACGGUAAGAUCAUCUAUAAAGAUUCCUCUUAUAAAGA